UCUCGCGCGCUCUGCUCUCGGCUCUCCUUUUGCUCUCUUGGCGAUCUCGUCUUUCUGCGAAGGUCGGAGCUGCUCUCCGACGAAAGGAUAAAGCUUCGACCGAUCGUCGGCUGGGAGCGUGUGGAGUACGACCGCUUCAUCCCGGUCCGAUCGGCGAUGGACAUGGACUUCGCGCGCUGUGCUCUAACCAUGCCUUCCAGACCUCAGCGUGAUGGUUCGAUAGAAUCCCCAUCGAGUGCAGCGUACCAAAAACUUCUUGUUCAAUGUAUUUUGAAGAACAGAUCUCGCAUUUUCGCAUUCAAGAGUGCACCCGAAUCACCGGCCGACAAGGUGUGCCAAUUUGACGAGGACAAUCGACCGCACAAGAAGCAACAGAGACGAAUCCCAAAAGAUCCAGAUAGGGUUUUGGCUGCUUAUGACAUCAUAGAUGAUGAUAGGUUGAAUCUCCUCGACUGGGGAAGCAAUAAUGUGUUGGCGAUUGGCCUCAAUGACACAGUGUACAUAUGGAAUGCUGCGAAUAAGUCUGGUACGAAGUUUUCACGAGCCUUAGAAAACAACAGCCCUGUCACUAGCAUCAGCUGGUCCCCAGACGGCAAAGUUCUCGCUGUCGCAUUUGGCAAUUCAGAUUUAGAUCUGGUUGAUGCAGCAACAGGACGUCUGUUGGUUGGGAUGCAAGGUGACAGCCACUCCUUUGUUUGUUCAAUUCCGAUGGUAGUGUUGUUGAUUAUGACAUUAGAAAAGAUGACCGGGCCAUCUGUCACUGUAAAGGGCAUCGACUUGAAGUUUGUAGUCUUAAAUGGUCCGAGUUGUUUGGGUGGUAUCUAGCAAGCGGAGGGAAGGACAAACUUGUGCACAUAUGGGACGCCCGCAUGGCUGUUGCAAAUCACCAUCCGUGCCAACAUCAAUUGCUUCACAAGAUCAGCAACCACACUUCCACUGUGAGGGCCCUUGAUUGGUGCCCUACCAGGAGCAAUCUUCUGGCUUCUGGUGGAGGACGUAAUGAUCAUUGCAUUAAGUUUUGGAAUGUUGUUAAUGGUGUUUGCUUGAACUCAAUUGAUACCGGCUCUGAAGUUUGUGCGUUGUUGUGGGACAAGAACAAAUCUGAAUCGCUGACUUCCCAUGGGUUUCCAAACAAUCAACUCACCCUAUGGAAUUACACAUCCAUGACGAGAAAAGCUGAGCUUUUUGGUCAUUCAUCUCGUGUUCUUUACUUGACUGGGAGCCCAUUGGGUGGUGUAGUAGCUUCUGCUGCAGAAGAUGAGACACUCAAGUUCUGGAAUGUCUUUGAGACUCCCAAACCACCAAAACCUAAAGCAAACACUAUGCCCUUUGCCCAAUUUAGUGUCAUAAGAUGAAACUGCUGGUGGUUGGAAAAGAUUACGAGUAAUACGGAAAACAUUUUUAGUGCUUGACAAGAAGAUCCAUUGUUGAUAGCAUUGCAUAGAGAAGUUUGUGGCAUCAAAGAGGCAACAUAUUUUCAUACAAGCAUCAUACAUUUAAGAUCUUCAUAUACGAGUGCAAGAGCCUAAGUUAAGUAAGAAAUUACAAUCAUGCUUUAAUUUUUACAGCAUUUUAAUAGGUUUAUUAUAUAACAAACCAAUGUGGUUGCAGCUGCAAGUUUGAUUUUGUAUCCAAUUUUUCUUUCAGCUUUGCAUAUAUCUUGGUAUAACCUUUACCAUAUUGAUGACACAUACAAUCUAUAAGCACUACAUUAUUGUUUCUAUAUUUUAUGUGUUCUAGUUUUAAUAUUUUUAUCAAUGUUACAUUCUUGUUGUAUGUUUUUAGGUGAUUUGUUAAUUCUUCCUUCUUUAAAUUUGAGAAUCUUCAUGUUGACUUCUCAAGCACUAGAUGAAAAUAUGCUGAUGGUUGGAAAAUAUUAUGAGAAUAAUACAGAAGACUUCUCUAGUGCUUGAGAAGAAAAUCCAUUGCUGGUAGCAUUGCAUAAAGAAGUUUGUGGCAUCAAAGAGGCAACAUAUUUUCAUACAAGCAUUAUAUAUUUGUGAUAUUUAGAUAUGAGUGCAAGUGCCUAAGAUGAAAAAUUUAGAACCAUGCUUUAAUUU